UUUCUCUCUCCCCUUUUUCGGCACUUUAUUCUGAGCUUUUCUGCUACAAGCGAAGGAAAUUCAUUCACUGGAUAGAAAUAGAUAGAUACAGGUUUUGAUAGGUGGUGUGCUAAAGUGCGCCGGGGCGGCUCGGGUAAUUAACCGUUGGAUUCGGAGUUUCCUAUUUCAGCUGCUCCCUGUGAUGAUUGAUUGCCGUUUAUGGAAAUCGGGGAUUGUCAAUUGGCUGAUUGAUGAUUUGAUUUGACGCUGUUGGCGCAGCUGCUGCCUAAUUGAUAUUGAGCUGAGUUCUGUGGUUUGGUUUGUGGUGUGGUGAUGAUCUGGAGGAAUGGAUGUUUGUGGUGUAUUUUGGCGGUGAAUUGGAUUGGAUUGGAGUGUUUUUGAUCGAUUUGGGGAGGUUUUUGAGGUGUGAGAAUGGAGUUUGUGUAGAGCUGAUUGGUUUUGGGGGUCAAUUUGGAACCCUAGUUAGUGAUUGAGAUUAGUUUUGGAGGCUGAGGAGUGAGGAGAGUGAUGGAGAAGAGUGAGAUAGCGAAGGCCGGGGACGGGUUUAUUGAUCGGAGUAAAGUGAGGAUUUUGCUUUGUGAUAAUGAUGUGAGGAGUUCUGAGGAGGUUUUCACACUUUUGUGUAGAUGUUCUUAUCAAGUGACUACCGUAAAGUCGCCAAGACAGGUAAUCGAUGCACUGAAUGCAGAGGGGCCUGAUAUAGAUAUCAUUCUUUCUGAGGUAGAGCUUCCAAUGUCUAAAGGACUGAAAAUGUUAAAGUACAUUACGAGGGACAAAGAGUUGCGACGAAUUCCUGUGAUAAUGAUGUCCGCUCAAGAUGAGGUCCCUCUCGUUGUCAAGUGCCUCAAAUUUGGAGCAGCCGACUAUCUAGUGAAGCCAUUACGUACAAAUGAGCUGUUGAACUUGUGGACUCACAUGUGGAGAAGAAGGAGAAUGCUUGGACUUGUGGAGAAGAACAUCAUAAGUUAUGAUUUUGAUCUGGUGGUGUCAGACCACAGUGAUGACGCUAACACCAAUAGCACUACCUUAUUUUCGGAUGACACAGAUGACAACUCUCGAAAGAGUACUAACCCAGAGAUGUGUGUCUCAACUCACCAAGAAAAUGAGAUAAAUACCACCACAGUUGUUCCUAUAGCUACUGCAGAUGAGACUCGUCGGGAGUGUCAGCCUGAUGUGCCAGGAAUAAGUGACAGGCGUACAUAUGAAAUGAGGAUAGGACAAAUUUUACCUUUUUUAAAGAAGAGCGAAUUGAAGAUAGGCGAAUCUUCAGCCUUUUUCACCUAUGUCAAAUCCAGCACAUCCAAGAGCAUCAACCACGCUGUUCCUGAAAUUACAGCUCAACAUGUGAGCUUCGUGGAGAAUCACAUACUGAACCGUGAAGUGGGUUCGAGCAUUCAAGGAGAAAAAACUCGAGAGACCCCAGAAAACCCUUCACCACAAGAUGACCAACCAAGCAGUAACAGUGCUCCCGAAUCUUCUGUUAUGGACAGGUCAAGCACUCCUCCUAAUGAGCAUAUGCAUUUAGGAAAUGAUUCUCCUAAUGAUGUGACGGCUGCUUAUAACCAGACCCCAUAUCCUUAUUACAUGCCCGGGGUGAUGAAUCAAGUGCCGAUGUCAUCAGCAUCUAUGUAUCCCAAGAACCUCCCCGAUACAAGCAACCAUGCCAAUUCUGCUUUGAUUCCUCAGUACAGUCAUGUUCCACACUGUCCUCCUCACAUCCCGGGAAUGGCACCUUAUCCGUACUACCCGUUUGGCUUAUGCCCACAUCCAGGUCAAAUGCCUGGUCCACAUCCAUGGACAUCAUUUGGGAAUUCUACGUUCAGUGAAGUGAAGUUAAGUAAAGUUGAUCAUAGAGAGGCAGCACUGUUGAAGUUCAGGCAAAAACGGAAGGAAAGAUGCUUUGACAAGAAGAUCAGAUACGUGAACAGGAAAAAGCUAGCUGAACGUAGACCUCGUAUAAGGGGCCAGUUUGUGAGGAAGGUAAAUGGCAUUAACGUGGAUCUUAAUGGCCAACCUGCUCUAACCGAAGAUGAUGAGGGAGAAGAGGAAGAGUACGAUGAGGAAGAUCAAACUGCCAAUAUGCAAAUUUGACACGAAGAUGGCGCGUCCAUGUGAUUCAUUACCAAAUGAUUCUGCAUUCAUCUUUGAGAUCAGCUAGGUGUGAUCAUUAAAGAUAAUAUCUCAGGAUACAAAGGUAGGUAUGUAGAGCUAUUCAUGGGGGUUCUCAUCGGGGCCAGGCAGACGAGACGAUUCGUGGAAUUCAGCAAGUUCUCUAACUAGGCCAAAGAGGGAAAAGGUAAAUUUAGAUAUAUAGAUUGAUUUCCAUCUGUGACAACUACUCAUGACAUGAUCCAUUUCUACGACGGCAAUUUAUGCCUUCUCUUUUACAUGACUUGUGUCUAAUCGAACAAAAUUUGUGCUGUAUUUGUUUGCUGUAUAUGUUUUGAUGUUGUUAGGGAAUAAGAUAUUCUUAGAGUAGAGAGGUACUUAUACUUGUUGUAAUAUUGAUAACUAUCAAUCAUUUUGCAAUUUUCACACUUCUUUCAAACA